UUUAAAAAAAAAAAUUGUGUUAUAGACGUGACGUGCACAUCUUUGAUAAAUUGAUGUCAGCAAUUUGAUUUACUUGAUAAUAAUUUUCUUUAAUUAUUUACGUAAAUUUUUCUCUUCCAAAGAUGCAAUGAAAUUUUAACAAUCCAUUUCAGGUUUCUAUAAAGAAAUUUUUUGCUUCCAUACUGUUUUUUCUCUUGUGAAUAUUCGUCAUGUCCAUAAGACGUCGAACAGAUCCAUUGAAAGCAAUGAGAAUAUGGGACUCAAUAAAAAUUACAUUGAACCAAAGAAAUUUACCGACGUACGAUCGUAUUGCACGACAUUUGGCACGUGUUUAUGGAAUUUCGGAACAAUCAGCACAAGAUGAAUUGAGUAGUGCAUUAUUGGAUGGAAUUUUAUUGAAAACACUUCCCGGCAAAUGUGGCACUGAACAAGAAAUUUUGUCAAUGCCCUCGGAGACAAUUUCAUUUGAUGAUGUUAAACACGAUUGGUAUUGUUGCGAGUGUCAUAAGGCUGGAAAAGUUGAUUGUUGCGAACAAUGUCAUCGUGUAUUUCAUUUAGAAUGUCAUGUACCUGAGAAUACGGAGAAAAAGCUUUGUUCAUUUUGUGAAAAAAUAAAUUGCGAUGUUUUUGCAAAUGGAGAGGAAUUAAAUAAAAUUUUAGGCUAUAUGUGUGGACAUUUAAAAACAAAAUUACCGGCUGAAAUUACAAAUCGACAAAUUGUUGAGGAUAAAAAUACACCGGUUGCACCUCCUGGCGGUUUAGCGGGUCCAACUUGGAUUAGCGAGGGAGAGGAUUCAUGGAGACCGGGUAUUUUAAUUAAAAAUCAUAUGGAUCUUGCGAUGAUGGAUGCAAAAACACGUCGAAAAGAAUAUAAAAAUCUUGCCGAAUUUCAAGCCGAGGCUCACAAUAUUCUGCACAAUAUUAUUAUUUAUCAUGGAGAGCAGAGUAUAGUGGGAGAAAUGGGAAUCAGAAUGUAUGAGGAUUGUUGUUAUGAUCUUCAAGAAAUACGUCGUUGUUCAGAUUGUUAUCGACUUUCUAAUGAGAAAGGCGAGAAAAUGUGGUUCUGUAAACCUUGUAAUCCACCCCAUAAAUUAGUUUAUGCAAAACAAAAAGGCUAUCCCUAUUGGCCAGCAAAAGUCAUGCAAAUUUUAAAAGGUAAUAUUUAUGAUGUCAGAUUUUUCGGUGGACAACAUUUAAGGGCGAAUAUCAGUGAGGAAUUUAUACGACAAAUUAAUGUUAAUCUAAAAAAUCUCCAGAUAAAAAAAUCGAAUGCUUGGAAUAAAGCGUACGAUGAACUGAAACACCAUCAAGCCUUACUUCAAAAACUUGGAAAAAGAAAGAAUGUUGAUGUUAAGGAAAUGAAUAAUGUGAAAGAGAAAAAAAUUCGCAAAUUAGAAAAAAUAUGUACCAAAGACGCACCAAAUUUUCCAUUGAAAAAACAACUUUUAAAAGACUUGAGAGUUAAAGUUGAAAGAAUUAGUUCAGAAGGUAGUUCGGAUCAUUCGGAAAAGGAGGAUAAAGAUGAUAAGGAUAAUUUAUCAAAAUUAAUAAAGAAAAAAAUAAUAGAGAAAAAUUCACCAAUAAUUCAUCAGAUUACUGAAGAAAUUUCCAGUUCUUUGACACAGGGUAUUAAAAAAGAAGGAUCAGAAGAAGAUAUGGUCACGUCAAGUUGUCAGGAACCAAGAACAAAAUGUGUUCUAAUACAAACGGAACUUCAAUCUGAAGUUUUUCCUGGCAAGGUGAAAAGAGAACGUAGAACUUCUGAUCAACAUGGGGUAAUUGAUAAAAUGCGUCAGGAACUUCGUCAGGAAAUGGAAAAAGAAAAAUGUCGAGAAAUUGAAAAUCUACAGGCGGAACAUGCGAAGCAGAUACGACAAUUGAAGGAAAGACAUCAGCAACUUGUUUCCGAAAUAAAGAAAAAACAAUGGUGCUAUAAUUGCGAGACCGAAGCAAUUUACCAUUGCUGUUGGAAUACUGCAUACUGUAGCACAGAUUGCCAGCAACUUCAUUGGCAGCGAGAGCAUAAGAGAGUAUGUCGACGCAAACGAUAACGAUUGAAUUCAUCAACAUUGUCAAAUAGAUCGCUGAAAGCACAAAUAUUUCUUCUUGAUAUGACGGAAUUGCUUUCCAAGCCUUUCUUUUGAAAAAAAGGCAAUGUUUUAUUAAAAAAAAAAAUGAUGAAAUAGUCACUUGACCAAACAAAUUUUGACACGAGGUUUUUCUCUUUCAAAAAAAAAAAAAAAAAUUAAUAAUUACAAUUUGUCGAUUUUAGGACAAAAAAAAGAAAAGAGAAUAUUUAGACAACAUAUUGAAUAAUUAACUGACUAAUCUUUAAAGUGUUUCGGAAAUUUUUUUUUUCUAAUAUUGUACAUAGUUUGGAGUCACGAGUCUCUUUUUCGAAUGGAAAUUUAACAACAAAAAAUUGCUUUUAAAAUUUUAGUACGUAUAGAAAAUUUUCAGAUAAGUUAAACUUAUCUUUUGAAAAAUUUAAAAGUUUUGUCAGUAUCAUAAACAAAAGUAUUUUGUAGGUCAGAGUGUCGUAUAUUUUUUGAAAAGCUUAAAAGAAUUUUUUAUUCUCAAAAAAGCUAUAGAUGAUUUUCUUUUACAUAGCUAUAUAUAUGCUUUUCUUCUAAAACAUAAAAAAGUAAAAAAAAAAAUUAAUUUCUUUAGAAAUUUUAAUAAUUUCUUCUUUUUAAUAUCAUAAAUUACUCCCUUUUAUAUUUAUCCUUUUAUCAAGUUAAAAAUAAUUUUCAAGUCAUAAUUUAUUUUCUUCUUUAUAAAAAGUUAUGACUUUUUUUUUCUCUUUUUUCUUUAUUUGAUGUUUUUUUUUUAGCAAUAUUUCUUACUCUUUAUCACUCGUGAAUAUUCCGAUUGUGAUUUGUUUUCUCUUUUUUAAAAUCCUUUUGUCAAGUCGGUGAACUUGUUAUUGCAUUUCUAAUUUUUUUUGUGUUUGUUUAUUUUUUAAUUUUAUUUAAAUUAAGAAAGAAACUGCUUGAAGUUUGUGCUCUUUAUAUUUCUGAGCAAUGAGUAGAAAGAAAUUGCUGUGAUAAAUUGCACAUAGUGCAAGCAUUCUGUACAAAAAAAAAGCCUUAAAAAAAAUUGCAAAUAAUACUUUAAUAUAUAUUCUCUAUCUUGAGUCAACUUUAAAAAAAAAAAGAAAAUUCUCAUUAAUUUUAAAGAUUUAUUAUUUAAUUUCUUAAUUUGAAAUUUUAUAAUGAAAGUACGAAUACAAAAGAAUAUAAUUAAUUCGAAUGGAAAUUAAAAAUAGUGAAGAAAAUGCAUAAAAUUUAAAUUCCUCAUCGUAACGCCAAAAAAAAAAUAGAUAUUUGCACAGCUCGAAACUUUCAGUCCUUACAAAAAAGAAAGCAUUUUAAUCGUUCCUAUUAUAUAUUACAAUGAA